AUGCCUGCAGCAAGCACCAAGGCAAACUACAAGACCUACGAGGCUCAAGCCCGUAUGGUUCGCGCCAUCGUUGCUGCUCAUCCCGAGGUCAAAUGGAACUACAAAGAAAUUGCCGCCUGCUAUGGAUCCGACAUGAGUGAGCACGCUCUGAACCACCGAUUCCGUCGCCUGAGGGCGCAGGCCGUCAUCGUUCGCGAGGGUCGCAAAGAGGGCUUCGAUAUGAAGGACAUGAUUCCGGAUGGAGACCUCCCAGUCACCCAAGAAGCUGUGGAAAAGAACAAUAUUGCCAAAUACUUUGGAGAGUCCACGCCGGACGGCAUAGGAUUCCAGUUCCGUGGCAUCAAGAAAGACGCCGAGACGCUCCGCAAGGUCGAGAGCGAGGGCGGCGACGUCGCCAACUGCCUCAGCCUCGGCACAGCCCGCGGCAGCAGCAGCGUCAUGUCCACCCCGUCCAAGCCAACCGCCUUCCGCUCCACUGGCAGCCGCAGCGGCACCGGCACCGGCCGCAAGCGCGCCCGCAAGACGGACAUGAUCAAGCGCUCCGAGUCGGACGAGGAGGACGACGACGACGUCCUCGACGGCCACAACUGGAGCGAGCACGAGGACACGCCGACCAAGAAGCCCAGGACGGGAGCUGGAGCCUUCCCGGGCCAGAGGACCGGGACUCCCUCUCGCCGAGCCGCCGCCAGGGCCAACGCUACGAUCGCUGAAGUCUCCGCGCUGCUCGACAAUAGCGACUCUCAGCCCGAGAUGGAGGCUUCUUCCUCUUCCGCCGCCGCCAGCCAGCCUACUACUACCACGACCAGCGCCUCCUUCGCCCCGCGAGACGCGUCGCCCGAGCCGCCAUCCUACGACCGCUUUGGCACCAGGCCCAUCAUUGGCGUGAAUACCGGACCCCCGGCGGUGGCUAGCUACCAUUCCAUUUCUCACUAUGGUUCUGGCUCGCAGCCCUUUUCCGGGUCGGUCUAUGACGAUCUGGGUGAUGGUGAGAUUUAG